GGGCGAUACGCCUCGCUCUUACGGACGCCGAUACAGACACUGAGUGCAGUGCAGCACUGAUUGCAGACAGACCUAGCUGAGACCAGUCUACCUGUGGGUUACACAGAGAUCGAGGCAGAACUGCAGAAGAGAAGCGGUGAAGACACGUCUUGGCUGCCCCUGAAAGGUGCAUGGGCGAGGAGUCUCCGCCCCGCGCCGCCGGCAGCCGCCCGCCCAGCCGCCCGGCCGCCGCCGCCGCCGCCGCCGCCGCCGCCGCUGCCGGGACAGUCGGGCCGCAGCCGCCGCGCCGCGAGGAGGCGCACACAGACGCGCCGCGCCGCGCCCAUGCCUGUGUGACGGCCGCCAUGCACAAGCUGGAGGUGCUCGGUGUGCGCGUGGCGCCGACGCGCACGGCGCAGGCGCUCUGUGUGAUCGCCGCCGGAGUGGCGUUCGUGCUGGGCACCGUGUUGGGAGUGCUGAUCCCUCUGUACGUGCUGCCGCCGCUCUACGCCGAGACGGACUCGGGAGUGACGCCUCCGACAACGGCUCCCUCAGCCGCUGGACUUUUGACGGCGCUCGGCCGACGGCCGCCGCUGGUCACCCCGAGACCCGCCGAGCUGCCGGUGGAGCUUGUGGACUCCAUCAGCUACCUGGGUACCGCAGUGAGUGAGGACAGUGAGAGUGUGUUGUCGAGUUUGGUGAGCACAGAGAGCUCACCUGCGGCGGGCCUUCAGAGGACCUCUGCCCGGCCAGCGGUGGUAGUCAACGCUAGUGUUGAAGAUGAGGAGUCCGACGUCGCUGAGCUCACGGACGGCAUCUUCUGGAGCGAUGCCGUGGAGGUGGCGCUUCCCCGAGGAGUGGCCAGUGAGGAGGUCACCGAGUGGAGGGCGUUCUGCCGGCGCGCCGCUCUCAUCAAAGUGGAGGAGGGUUGCGGCCGCAUGCAGAACCGUCUGCUGACGUUCGAGAACGGUACGCAGUCCUGCUGCCGCUACCGUCAGAACUUUGACCAGAUCCAGGGCGAGAUCUUCAGCUUCCUGCUGAGUCGGGAGCUCGGGAUCCGAAACCUGCCGCCGACCUCUCUGCUGCUGGUGCAGCCGGCCGAGCGGCAGUGGUCGGCGGUGCGCGCUCAGCUCAGCCUGGCACAGUGGGCCGAGCAGCGGCCCGUGGUGCUCACGAGGUUCAGGGAGAACCUGACGCCAGCGUUCAUCCCAGAGCAGCUGCGGGGCACCGACCGGCGCCUGCACCCGGCCGACCUGCGGCUCUCUGGGCUGAACAUGGAGCAGAACCGCGACACGGUGCUGGAGCUGGCGCAGUGGUCCGACCUGAUCUUGUUCGACUACCUCACCGCCAACCUGGACCGCAUCGUCAACAACCUCUACAACCAGCAGUGGAACCCGUCCAUGAUGGACUCGCCCGCGCACAACCUGGCGCGUGACCCGUCCACCGGCCUGUUGAUGUUCCUCGACAACGAGUCGGGUCUGCUACACGGCUACCGCCUACUCGACAAAUACGAGCCGUAUCAUCGCACCAUGCUCGACGCUACGUGCGUGUUCCGGCGAGACACGGUAGAGGCCAUAAGGCGACUCCACCGCGCCGGCGACGUGGGCACCGCACUGCGGCGCAUCUUCCGCGAGACGCAUCCGGAGCUCGUCGACUUUCUGCCGACGUUGCCCGAGAAAAGCAUCAAGAUCCUCAAGAAGCGAAUAGACAAUGUUCACGAGGUGAUUGAGCGCUGCGAACGGACGUACGCCAGUUAGUGCGCCGGGCGGACACGUGCACUGGGUGUGCGCUACGGACACGCAGUGCCGGUGUGCCAGUCAUUGUUAUUAUCUCAUCGGUCGCGGCGCGCGAGGGGACAGUGCUUUAACACCGACCAAGUCCGAGCGCGACCGCCACCAUCGGGUGGGACUGCUGGUUCGCCGCGAUCGGCUCAGCAGUCAGCGGCGGCCGGCUAAACCAUUUUGUCCCACCCUCCUCAUCUUGUGAUAAUUGAGCGCCGCGAGGAGACCUGUGAUUACGACGGCUGGCGCCGCCCUCGCGGCAGUGGCGGCGCUCCCGCGGCCAUCGCCGCGCGGCAGCCAGGUGCACCGCGCGCCGCGCGCUGCAGAGGCGCACUGCGCAGGCGCGGACAGCCGAGCGCCGGUGACUUACGGGACGCCGCCGCAUUCCAGUGCCCGUGGAAAGAAUGCGUGCCCACGGAGGGCGGUGGGGGCCACACGGUGGGUGUGCGGCCAGGGCGGAACCGCCGCCACCGGCCGCCGCGCGCGCUCAGUAAAACGACCCGCCGGUCGCCUUUAUGGACCAUCGACGCACCUAGCCAGCCAGUGAACGGGCCUCCAUAAUUGUGCGGGUCCGCCCGGCAGAGUAAACAAAGCACUAAGCGCCGCGCUCCCAGCUGUUAAGAUAGGAUCGGUGCACUCUCAACAGCGACCUGUCCGGACGCAGCCUGCGACUCUAGUUGGGCCGGGAGGCGCGCUGUUCUGGGACCAAGGAUGUGUUGGACGGAGAAUAGUGCCGACAGAACUGCCACACAUUGUAACCGGGCGGGGAUUGGCCGCAAUAUUGAAUGUGUGAACUGUUGUAUUUCUCCCCCGUUUUACGCUCCGUGGUUACAAUCCAAGACGUUUUCUUUCCCAGCCAGACGCUUAGCAGCCCCGUUGUAUCCAUUCGGAUUCGUUCACCUAUUGCCAUUUUCGUUUCUGCUUGCCUGCUCCCGGCCACACUGUUCCAUUCCAUCGCUCCGUCUGCCUUUCUUCGCGGCCUUUCCCUGCCUGGGUCCGUCCCAAUUCGUGUUCCGCACCUGGCCGCGCGCUGGUCCCCUGCCCUCUCUGGCGACCCAUCUCCCUCCGUGGGCCCGUGCGCCGCUCGCUGUGGCCUCCAUCCUGAGCGGCGGCCACUCGCAGGCACGUAGGGAGAGUCGGCGGCUGACCCGUCUCGGCGGGCCGGCAGCGGCGCUCAGCGGGGACGCCGCGCGCUGCGCCGGCCCGGCCGCAGGAGGCCUGUUUUUCUGGCGAUCCGCGCCGCGAUGGCCGCUGGCGCGCCGCGGCGAGCCUGGCGCACAUGGCAGCGCGCCGCCGACCGACGCCGUGCGCCGUCACUCGCAGUCGCGCGGCUGAACGCACGCGUACUUUUACUUUUGUUAAACGAGAUGGUUUAUCGUGUGUUUGGGGCGGACGCCGCGUCUGGAGAUAUGUGCUCCGUCCGUCCGCCUUUCCGGCGCAGAGUCGGUGAGAUGCUGUGAUACAUGGUAUUUGGAUAGAAUAGCAUGCCUUUUUGUAUGUAUAUGUGUCGACUGUUUGUUACAUGAAUAUAUAUUAGGGUUGGAA